GUUUCUCUUGGUUAUAUAUUACAGGCAAAUGUUAAAUCGCAUUCACACAAAGCUAGGCAAUGUGUGUCCGAUUCCAGCCAAUCGAAAUAGAGUAUGCACAUAAUGAACAGUGUGAAAUAUCAAAAGAACCGUCCAUGGUAUAAAAUAAGACAAUAAUUAAAGUACAACUAUUUAGUCUGUAUCGACCUUGAAAAUUGACUAAGUGUUAUUUAAUCCACUUGGACUAUUGUUGAGUGUUCAAUAAUGCUAGAAUGUCAAUAAUCGCUAAAGAUGCUGUUAUAAGUAGAGAUGUAUGUAUGUAUUGGUAAUUAAGAUGUUGAAAUGAUGGAUAAGAGAUUGUUAUUGAAGCAACACUACAUCAUCUUCGUCGGACAUCACUCGGUGAUUUACUUAUCGCCACACGCACUGUAGGCUCAGGUGUGUAACCACAUUGUGAUCUAUCCGUAUGGUAAACCGAACGGAGUCAUAAGUGUGCGCAAACGGAUUUGACGUAGAUGGUAGAUGGAACUUUUUAUGAUGGACGUGAUCUGACGAGAAUAAGGUGAUCCAGACGCUGCUGUGCUGAUAAAAAUGGCGGCCACCGAUGAUGCGAUGCUGACCCGAUGCCUUACACAGACGCGAUGACACAUUAAGCAAAUCUAAUCAACGUGACACAUACAAUGAUCGCACAAAACAUUAAACUGAUACCGAUGACAAUACAUGAGAUAUUCCGAGUCAUAAAUAUAGUUCCGAACGUACCGCUCCUUGUUUGGGCAUUUAUGCUGUAUCCCAAGGCGCUUGCAGUCGUCAAUCUACGAGGCGCAGGAGCGUCGUUCCCCAGUGAGGUGUACGCAGCGUACAUGCCUAUAUACAAAUCAACGAGGUCUGCAUUUGUGACACUUAACAUGACAUACGAUGUAGUGGGAAGUGGAAACGGACAGAAACGGAUUAAAAAGACGGGACAUGACAGCACGCUUGAUGUGGAAUAUGCUGGUUCUGAUGGCUUGUUGGGGGAAGAUGAUUACCUGUCAUACCCUGACCUUCAAAUGCUUCCUGUGCUUGCAGGGUCAGUGGUGCUGGCAUACAACUUACCGGGUAUUGAUAGCUUAGUUCUGUCUAGAGAGCACGUUACUGGGAUCUAUAAUGGCACCUACACCAUGUGGAAUGACGGUAGCAUUCAGUCUCUCAACCAAGAGAAAGCUUUGCCUUCAAAGUCUAUCAUCGUAAUUGCACGGGCGGACAGUUCAGGAACUACUGAAAUUUUCACACAGGCAUUAAGCUCAUUCAGUCCAAAUUGGGCUUUAAACCCUGGUGUUUUCAAACAAGGUAUCGGCGAUGAUGAUCUUCCGAUCUCAUGGAAUAAUAGUGUUGUUAAACUGUAUGGACAUACCAACAGGGGUACAUCGGGCUUGGUUUUAUCAUUCAAAUAUAGUGUCGCAUACAUAUCGUUAUCAGACGCAUUAACCAGCAACCUGCAGUAUGCUCGGAUAAAAAAUAAGGCGGGAACAAUUGUUUCCGCUUCAACCGAAUCCAUUCAAAACGCUAUGGACGCUAAAGUAGAUGAGUUUGAUGAACGACUUACAACUUCGCUGACAGAUGCUGGUGGUUUAAACUCAUACCCAAUCGCUGGUUAUACCUACCUCAUCGUAUUCAAGACAAGUUUGAAUUGUAACUCGGCGGUAGAACUGGUCAGGUACAUACGAUGGAUAUAUACUUCAAAAGUAGCGUCCAGCGAAGCAGAAAUUCGUGGCAUGGCAGUCGCAAGUGAAAAUGUGGACAAACUCGUAACUGAAAGAGUUCUAAAAACGAUGACGUGUGGACUCGAUGCUCGCAAUGUUUGGGACGUAGUACAAGAUGAGAUACAAAAUGAAGAAUUAGCGAUGCAAACAUGGCGUAUCCCUUUGUUUAUAUGUGUCCCCAUUGUAGUCAUUGUCUUUGGUACUCUGGUAAUAUAUAUUGCUCGCCAACAGUAUAAAUUAAAUCAAGCCCUUUGGAAGGAGGAAUGGAAAAUAUCGAGUUCCAAUCUGAAUAUACUGACUCCUCAAAGUCAAAAUGACAAUUGGGGAUCACGUAUGAGUAUAAUCAAAUCAAUUGCUGCUUCAAUUGGGUCUUCAGUGAAACGGGGGUGGUCUAAUGGUAGUCGAAGCAACUGCAGUCGCGAUAUGACAAUUCGAUUUUUGCUCAAUUCACAGAAAUUAGCAAGAUGGAAUGAUAAGAUCGUCAAUUUGCGACCAGUUAGAAUUCAAUUACAGCAACUCAAAAAUCCUUCAAAAAAGUUGCUCAUAACGUUUAAGCACUUUGUACAUCAUGUUAAUGUUGUCAAGUUCUACGGCGUAAGCGAAGUAAAAGACCAUAUGUAUUUUAUAACCGAAUAUUGUCAUAAAGCGCAGUUGAGAGACGUUCUGCAGAAUGAAAAGUAUGUCUUAGAUAACAAUUUUAAAUUUUCCAUGAGUGCAGAUAUUGCCGCUGGUAUGGCAUACUUACACGGCCUUGACAUUAUACACCAUAGCCUUAGAUCGUCAUGCUGUUAUAUUGACAAUCGCUGGAAUGUGAAGAUAGGAGAAUGGCAAUAUUAUAAACUUUCACUGUCGCAGAAUGAUCCGUAUGCCAAAGCAUUGCCCGAGGAAUGCGAUUGCAUCGAGAGCUCGCAGGAAUCCACGAAACACGUAAACGAAACUUAUGCCCGCUAUCUGCUGUGGACGGCACCAGAGAUUGUAUCGUCCAUAGAAGCUGCCUCUGAGGUGACUUACACCAAAGAAAAUGAUGUAUACAGCUACGGUAUACUCAUUCAAGAAAUAUUUACGAGAGAAGAUCCUUAUAUAGAGGCAACAGAGAUCCGACCAGCUUCUCAGGUUUUGCAUGAAAUUGUACACGAGGGGCUCCGGCCAAAAUUUACAACGGACACGUCAGGAGGUUUGAUAUCAAUAAUGGAAUCAUGUUGGACAAGUAAUCAAGCAGAACGGCCGCCAUUCGGAAAAAUCUUGAAAAAAAUAACACAAGUGAAUCCAUCUAAGAAAAGCGUUAUCGACUGCAUGAUGGAAACUUUAGAGAGUUACGUUGCUGAUCUUGAAUCUAAGGUUGAAGAAAGGACGGAAGAACUAGCUGUUGCGAUGAGUAAUGUACAAACUCUGUUGCAUAAGAUCCUUCCGCCAUCUGUUGCGACAAAAUUAUCAAAAGGCGAAGCCGUUGAACCAGAAUAUUCUGACGCAUGUACAAUAUUUUUCUCGGAUAUUGUCGGCUUCACCAACCUCUCCUCCGAGUCUAAGCCGCUUGAGAUUGUCACCAUGCUCAAUCAGUUGUAUUCAACGUUUGAUGGCAUCAUCGAUAAUUACGACGUGUACAAAGUUGAAACAAUAGGGGAUGCAUACGUGGUUAUAUCGGGGCUACCAAAUAGAAACGAAGAGAGACACGUCGGUGAAAUCGCCACAAUGGCUCUUGACUUCGCUGUUGCAUCUGCAGAUUUUGUAAUCCCGCAUUUCCCCGACAGGGCUUUAAUGUUGCGCAUUGGGAUUCACUCGGGUCCAGUAGUUGCUGGAGUCGUGGGUCAAAAGAUGCCGAGAUAUUGCCUGUUUGGUGAUACUGUCAACACAGCCUCCAGAAUGGAAAGUACGUCAGUGCCUAGGAAAAUACAAAUCUCAGAGAGCACGAACAGACUGUUACACCAAUUGGGGGGAUAUAUCACAGCAAAGCGGGGACAAAUCCACAUAAAGGGAAAAGGAGAAAUGGAAACGUUUUGGUUGACGGGAAAACUGUUUUAUGACAAGACUGUACCUCCUGAAUUUCUGCGAGAAGUGUCUGACGCCAAUUAACAGUUUAAAGAUCAAGUGCGAGGAUAUAGAUUAUA